CGCAGUCCAGAAGCCCCGCCUUUUCGUCCUACUGCCCGCGCCGCCGGAAGCCAACAUGGCGGCUCUCCGUGCCGCAGCAGCUUCGUGCCGGCUUUUUCUUGGGGGUAGGGUUAGCUUUGCUCGGGGACAGGGCCUCUGGAAAGCCGCGGCUGCUAAGCUGCAGAGAACUCCCAGAUGCCAGAUAUUAAGGUUAAGACAUACCACAGUUGUAACAACAAGGAAAAAUGUUGCAGCCUUAAGACGUGAAACUUACACAGUGGAUUUUAUUAAAAAGCAGAUGGAAGAAUUCAACAUAGGAAAGAGACACUUAGCCAACAUGAUGGGAGAAGAUCCAGAAACUUUUACCCAAGAGGAUAUUGAUAGAGCGAUUGCUUACCUUUUCCCCAGUGGUUUGUUUGAGAAGCGAGCCCGGCCAAUAAUGAAGCAUCCUGAAGAGAUUUUUCCAAAACAAAGAGCAAUCCAGUGGGGAGAAGAUGGCCGCCCAUUUCAUUUUCUCUUUUAUACUGGCAAACAGUCAUAUUAUUCGUUAAUGCACGGAGCAUACGGAAAGCUACUAGAUGUGGAAAAACGUCAAGACCAGCUGCGAGCCAAAGGUCUGUUUUCAGAAAAAACUAAAGCCAAAGACCCGAUUGGCAGCAGAUGGCUGAUUAAGGAGGAACUGGAAGAAAUGUUAGUGGAAAAACUGUCAGAUCGAGAUUAUGCACAGUUCAUUCAGCUGCUGGAAAGGUUAUCGGCGUUGCCCUGUGACGCGGCUGAAGAAGAAUUUGUGGGCAGGUUCCGCAGGAGUGUAACCCUUCAAUCGAAGAAACAGCUGAUUGAGCCUUUGCAGUAUGACGAGAAGGGUAUGGCCUUCAGCACAGGCCAAGGUAACAGAAAGACUGCAAAGGCAGAAGUGGCUGUUUAUGACCAUGGAAGUGGGAGGAUAGAAGUAAACGGGGUCGACUACCUGCUCUACUUUCCGGUGACUCAGGACAGAGAACAGCUGAUGUUCCCUUUCCACUUCCUCGACCGGCUUGGAGAACACGACGUGACCUGCACGGUGUCGGGGGGCGGGCGGGCGGCGCAGGCGGGGGCCAUCCGCUUGGCGACGGCGAGAGCCUUGUGCAGCUUUGUCACCGAGGACGAAGUCGAGUGGAUGCGCCAAGCGGGACUGCUUACUGCUGAUCCCCGUGUCAGAGAGCGGAAGAAGCCAGGCCAGGAGGGAGCCCGCAGGAAGUUCACCUGGAAGAAGCGCUGAGUGUUCUGGGCGGGAAAGGAGAGGGACGCUGUGCGCCUGGCACGCGGCACACGCGCCGGAGACAGUUGCUGGCCGGGGUGAAGCAGCACCAUCACAUGUUUGAGUUGUGAGAUGAUUUAUUCUCAAAUGCAAUGUUGUAAAGGUUACCUUCUAAAAAUAAUUAUUUAAAACUGUUUAGCUUUGUUCUGCUGCUUUACUUUUAAAACUUUUUCAGAAGAGAGCUUUAGAGCAUAACUCAGAAUCUUGGCAUAUUCGACCUGAAAGGAGCAUUCAGCAAAAUCCAAUCAAGAGACCGCCUUUUGCCGACGGCAAGGCCCAGCCGCACAGAUCUGACCCACCAGAGCCGCGCUGCUAACUCAAUGACAGGAUGGACUUGGACUCACUCCCGCUGAACUCUGUCGCUUUCCCAGAGAGCAGUUGUUACAACAUAUCUUUCGAAACUGCGGGAUGAGAGUGCUUGUUGAGAAGAGCGAAGCCCGUGGAGCGUCUUUGUCAGGAGCCCAGCUGAGUCUCUGUGGAAGACAACAGGCCAGUCCCCCCCGCAGCCACCAUUCCACUCUCUGUUUUAAAGAUUCUGUGUAUAAGUGAUACCACGCCCCAGUUUGCCUUUCUCUUUCUGGCUUCUUUCACUUAGCAUAGUACCUUCCAAGCUGGGUACAGACUUGCAGUUACAGUAUGAACUAGUUCUGAGGAUCUGGCUUUAGUGUGUCUGUGAAACCUUGAAGUAGUUCCAGAGUUCUAUACAUGCGUCACUUCUUCUGGACUACGUAGUUCCAUUGCUCUCACAAGAUGCCCAGAGGGGUCCCUCCCUAUGAUACUGAGAACCACGGGCAUGAGGAGGGUUUGGGGGGUUUUUUAAGGACAAUAAGUCCGCCCUUUGUAUGCAGCCCUGGAUCCAGCAGGCGAAGCAGACACCAUGGUGAGAUCUCGGGCCUGACCUGGUGGGAGCAGGGGUCAAGGGUAUUGGUCAUAAUCUUUAUCUGGCUAGGAGGAGGGUUACAUGAGUGUCCGCUUUACUAUACCUUUCAAAUGUGUGAUACAUGUGAUUUUUAUUAUGAACCAUUUUAUGAUAAAAGUGAAGGAAAGACCACCGUGAGUCGGGAUGUAGAAGCUCGAGAACAGUCUCCGGGGCUUAUGUGUGACCUCAGGCAGCUGACCUUAACAGCUGGGUGGUCGCUCGUGAGGAGGGGAGCACAGCAGCCCCUGUCCCAGGGUUAGAGGGUUCAGUAAAAUCCACAGGAGCCGCGGAGCCCAGAGCAGGUCCUGUAUCAGCGUUGGUUGUGAUUUUCCUCAAGAAACCCCUCCUUAACCGCUGUCAUUUGGUUAAACCCAAGUGCACAGGAUCUCAGUUGGACGAGGGAAGGAGUGGGGGUCAUGGUGUAAACAGGCGGUUUCCUUGAAAAUGAAUGACAGUUCACUGCCUUGACUCCUCAGAAGACACAGAGACACGAUGCUGUACGUGGGGUAGCUGAGCGCUGUAGACCGAGUGUUUCCGUAUAUCUGUUACGACGUCCAGGCUACAGUAGAUUCAUCAGCCCCGCAGACACAGAUGCUCAGCCCUCACACACCACGGGAGGUGGCAGCCGGCGAGGAGCUCUCAGUGUUUAUAAGGGAGGGCCAGCACCUUGUGUUUGCACGAGUGUUGAUGGCAAGUGCCUCUACCAGGAAGCCUGUGACCCAUUCCCCCAAAUUAACAGUCAAGGAGCCAUAAAAAUCAUCAUCUCCCAGAAAUACUGCCACCUUCUUUGGUGGCCAACUUUGUGGGCUACAGAAAGUUGUCUUCCUCUUGCAAGCCUUUGGUUAAGACACCCUAAGCUCAUUACUGAAAAUUGAAAGUAAUCUUUGAGCACUAAGCUAUCAAAACUACUGAGCUUCCACACUGAGGAAAAUAUCGUCAGAAUUUUUUUCUGUCAUUUCUCGGAAAAUAUAAAUUACUACAGAGGUGCAAAAUGGGGGAAAAAAACAAUUCAAGUCAUAUCAGUAUAUUCCUUCCUUCAGCACAGGCCAUUAGCUUUUUAAACUAAAUAUUUUUAAUAUAUAUUUCAAAAAAGGAACCAUCGGGUAGAAUUAGGUAUUUCAUUAGAAUCAGAAGGUACUUAAAGGCCAUGAUUUUUGGAGUGAAGGCCUGCUUUAACCAUGUGUUUCCAGAUGUCUUGGGGCCUUGCUGCCUGGAGGGCGGGUCCCUGGUGACAGUAAACCAUGUGCCUGCUGCGUGCCCUUCAGGCAGUCACUUGCUGGCCUGUCGGCCUCCUCAUACCUGAUCCUGAUAAAGCCUGGGUUUUACACGGGCCUCAGCCUUUCAGGCACUGUUCCUGCAGUAGCAGAAUACGGGGUCCUAGUCUUGCUGUUAGUGCUUUUUCCUACUCAGUGUUUAUUCAUCAGACAUUUAUUUAACAAGUUAUAAAUACAAACCAGACAGGUUCCUUCUAGGAAAUUUUCUUUAACGGAUGGGAGGAGACCCCUUUAAUAAAGUGGUAAAUUCCUGUUACUGUUCAUGAAAUCACUGCUACUUUAGCUUUAACAAAAGUUAGGACCACUUUUGGAUCUUCUAUGAAAACUGUUCACGAGAACUCCAAAUUUAUUCCUUUUUCAUUUUCCCAAGACUUCAUUGUACUUCUCCUAAAAAAGAUUGAAACCUCCGCGGGGGAGCCAGCCUCACAGUGUGAGGUCCUUCUCUCCAAGUGGCGAGUGAAAGAUUCACACAAACUCUCCUGAUGGCGUUUCGAACCCUGUAAACUUCUCCGCCGAGGACACCGUCGUACACCGUCGUCACUGUUCCCUCUCGGGGUCCCCCACUAUUACCCUGAAUUUUUCUUCUGUAAUUUCAGAGUAUUGCCUUGAAGUGAGGGGAGGGGGGUAGAGGAGAGAGGCAUGUGUCACUGCGAUUCGCAGAUAAAGGAAAGGGAGCCGGACACCGCACGUCGGUAGGUGGUUGUAUUCGGCUAUAUGAGGACCUGUCGGUGGCAGGUGGCAAGAGACCCAGACUUGGGCUGUCUUUACACUGAAAAGGGGGACUUCUUGGGAGGCUCUCAGGGUUUCUGACCUACUUUGAGGGAGGGGCUGGGCAGACAUCCUGCAGGAAGGGGGCCGUGUCCCAGGUCUCCCGGGCGCUCGGCUCCCAACCCGGCCUCUCCUUGGGGUUCCUCCGACAGACUAGGGAGCUGGGGCCACUUGGGACCAAGGGCAG